AUAUAUUUCUUUGUAAGCGCGUUCACAUAGUCAAGGCAAGGGCGGGCUCCUCGCACUGGCGGGCCGGCGAUGAGUAAUACCGCUCGUCGUGCAGAGUGACGUCGCACAGCACCCCACACGGCCGCUCGCUCGCGAGCCUCAGUCCUCCGGCGCCCGGCGCCCCCACGACACGGCAACCGCCUUAACUGCGCACUAACGAUUUUCCACCGCGCCCUAGGGACGCGCCCAUCUUCCGAUCACACUCUUCCACCACUACACUAGAAUGGACGGCACGGAUGAUCUUCUAGGAGGGUUCGGCGACCAGAUGCCGGCGGCGGCACCCCUGCCUCCGAUGAAGCGCGAGCAGGACUCAACGGAUGACUUCGAGCACCUGGGCCGCGAGGGUCGCGACGACAGCGAAUCGCCGCGUCACGGGCCCGCGCGCCUCGCCACCCAGAACUUCCUGGACAUGGAACGGGACGUGUUCGCGGACCCGCCGCGCGCGCCCUCCGCGGCGGACAAGCUGGCCGACCAGUUAGCCGACAAGUUCACUGACAGCGAGUCGGACGCGGACACGGCCGGCGAGUCCCCACUGCACCGGCCCGCGCCGGUCGCGCCGUUAUCCGCGCCCGCGCCCGCGCCCGAGCCCACGCCCGUGCUGGCUCCGGCUCCCAGCCCCGCGCCCGUGGUCACGCCCGCGGCAGCGCCCGCGCCGGCUCUGGCACCCGCCCCGCCGGUGGAGGUGCCGCGGCCCGAGCCGCCUAAGCCGCUCGAGCCCGCGCCCCAGCCCAAGCCCGCACCAGUGCCCGCCCCAGUGGCGGCGCCCAAACCGGCUCCGGAACCGCCCAAACCCGCGCCCGAGCCCAGCCGCACGCCUGUCGCUCACGUCAUUGAAGCUGAAGUCAUCUUCUGCCAGAUGGGACUUGAUGCUUGGUUCGACCCGCAGAGGCUGCAUCCCGAAGUGGAGGCGCUAAUAUACUGGCGUAGCGCGGCGCGCUCGGGUGCCGCGCUGGGCGCGGGCCUGGCGCUGCUGCUGGCGCUGGCGUGCUGCUCCGUGGUGUCGGUGGCGGCCUACGUCUCGUUGCUGGCGCUGUCCGCGGCCGUCGCCUUCCGCAUCUACAAGAAUGUGCUCCAGGCCGUGCAGAAAACCAAUGAGGGACAUCCCUUCAAAUUCCUCUUGGAGAAAGAUAUCAGCGUGCCCGCUGAGCGCAUGCAGUCGCUGGCCGCCUCCGCCACGGCGCACCUCAAUGCUGCAGUCAGCGAACUUCGCAGACUGUUUCUGGUGGAGGACCUGGUGGACUCGCUGAAGUUCGGCGUGCUGCUGUGGUGCCUCACGUACGUGGGCGCCUGCUUCAACGGCAUGACGCUCAUUAUCCUGGGCUGGAUAGCGCUGUUCACGCUGCCGAAGGCUUACGAGAUGAACAAGGCGCAGGUGGACGCCAACCUCGAGCUGGCGCGCGCAAAGAUCAACGAGAUCUCCGCCAAAGUGCGAGCAGCAGUCCCACUCGGCAGGAAGACUGAGACAGAGAAGGACAAGUAAAGCGGGACGGAAGAUGAGGAGCGACGCGGGAGCGAGCGAGAGCGCGCGCAUGCAGAUCUUUUAUUAGCGCCGGAGUACUUCACUCUUUGUUAUAUUUAUUAUACUAUUAAAGAUAAUACUUUACGUGUAAAGCUUUAUGACGAGUCAUGCGGAGAUUGUAUUUGCUUUUUGAAAUUUUAAAUUAAAAUAACUGUCGAACCA